AAUGUGAUCCAUCUCUUCUCUUGGAUAGAUGUGAUCUUUCUUUUUUGUCGGCUGCCUUGAUGAAAGGUAUCCGGAAAGAGGGAGGGAAGAAAAAUCCGUUUUAAUUGUUUCAUUGCCUUCCUCCCUUUCCUAAACAGCAGCAGAGGCAGGAAAGGAAAUACAUAUUUGCAGAGAGACGGUGAAUGAAGGCUCAGAGGCAGCCUAGGGAAGGAAGAGAGAGAAAUCCCCAGGUCCUUGGGAUGAGUUAAUAAUAUGGAUUUGCAGGGGAAAUCCUGAGCAUCUUUUGGCUGGAGAGCUUCUCGGCUGGACCUUUCGGGCACGGCUUUCUCCUCGCCUCGCUCUCUCCAAAACUGGAAAGGAAGGCGGCUGUUUUUGUGCCGACAGUCGGGUCCAGUCUCUCCCCACCCCUUUGCUCCUCGCCAAUUGGAAACGAGGGAGGGCAGAGAAGUGCCCUGGCUUGAUGGAUAUUAAUAUGCAAGCCCCGGCCAGGACCACGAGCUUCGGCCACACAUGGUCCAUGCGCACAGGAGGGAGAAGGCUUGCUCCCAACACUGGCUCCGGCAAAGGUUUUGCGGCAUCUCCUUUCCGGGUUGCGCCUUAGAAAGCCCACCAGCAGCAAUGUCCAGGAAUGGGUACUUCUUUGAAGAAACAGGUUACCUUAAAUGCGAUACAGACGAUGGCUGCGAGAACAAAGAAGAGGUCGGGGGAGAAGAGCUCUUUGACACCGUAAAUUCCUCCAUCGUAUCCGGGGACAGCAUCAGGUUCUUUGUGAAUGUCAACUUGGACGUACCGCAGAAUGUUACAGCAGAAAGCGAAAGCACUGGCUGCGUUUUAUUACACACAUCGAGAAAAUACCUAAAAUUAAAGAAUUUUGAGGAGGAGGUCCGAGCGCACCGGGACCUGGACGGGUUCCUGGCCAGAGCCAGUAUCAUCCUGGACGAGACGGCAACCUCUCUGGACGACGUCCUGCGGGAGAUGUUGAAACACUUUGCCGAAGACUCGGACAACGCGGAGCCCAGCUGCAACUUCGACAAAAUCAUGAGCACUUUAUUCACCGAUUCAGGAACCCCGCGAGAAGGGAAUGUUCACCUCUUGUCAGAUACGAUUCAGGGCGUCACAGCGACAGUCACCGGGGUGCAAUAUCAGCAGUCCUGGCUUUGCAUCAUUUGCACUAUAAAGUCCCUUCAGCGGCGCCACGUUUGCAUCAGCCGGCUGGAAAGGCCCCAGAACUGGGGAGAAAACUCCUGCGAAGUCCGGUUCGUCAUCCUGGUCCUGGCACCUCCCAAAAUGAAAAGCACCAAAACGGCCACCGAAGUGGGCAGGACGUUUGCCACAAUGUUCUCGGACAUCACUUUCCGGCAAAAGCUCUUGGAAACCAAGACGGAGGAAGAGUUCAAGGAGGCCUUGGUCCACCAGCGUCACCUGCUGACCGUCGUGAACCAAAGGCCCUCGGCCGUGGCGGAUGGUCACAAGGCCCACGGCCACAAGCCCCUCAAGCUCAACGAGUUCUUCAACGUCGGCAAAGGGAUUUUUGAUGACAUUGCGCGACGGUUUCCAGUGUAUGCCCUCGACUUCACUGAUGGCAUUAUUGGCAACAACAAAGCCAUAGGGAAGUAUAUCACCACCAUGAUCUUUCUUUAUUUCGCCUGCCUCCUGCCCUCCAUCGCUUUCGGCUCCCUCAAUGACGAAAACACAGAAGGAGUCAUCGAUGUGCAGAAAACCAUCGUUGGCCAAUGCAUCGGUGGGCUUCUUUAUGCUCUGUUUUCGGGCCAGCCGCUUGUCGUGCUCCUAACAACGGCGCCUUUAGCCCUGUACAUCAAUGUCAUCAAAGGCAUCUGCGAUGACUACAACCUGCAGUUCAGUGCUUUCUAUGCCUGGGUUGGGCUCUGGAACAGCUUCUUCCUCGUGGUCUACUCCCUCUUUAACUUCAGCCUUGUAAUGAAGCUCUUCAAAAGGUCGACAGAAGAAGUCAUUGCACUUUUUAUCUCCAUCACCUUUGUGCUCGAUGCCCUUAAAGGGAUAACCAAAGUUUUUACCCACUACUACCACGUCCCAAGACCGCACAGCACUCCCGUUGGCAACGGCUCCAGCGCUUGGAACCUGUCGGUGGAGCGGUCAUCGUUGGGGAACCAGACGGACGGGUCUUCGGCCCCGGUGCCCUAUGGGCGCGAGACAGCCGUCCUGAGCCUCAUGCUGAUGCUGGGCACCCUUUGGCUCGGCCACACCUUGUACCAGUUCAAGAAAAGCCCUUAUUUGCACGCCAGAGUCCGCGAGAUCCUGUCCGAUUGUGCCUUACCCAUUUCUGUCCUAACCUUCUCCAUUAUUGGGUCCUAUUUCUUCAAAGAAAUAAAAAUGUCGAAAUUUAACUACAACAAAUCGGAGAGCUUGUUCGAGUUGGCGCCUCUCCGGGACCUCUCCAUCGGCUCCGUCGUGAGCGCCAUGGGCCUCGGGUUCCUCCUUUCCAUGCUUUUUUUCAUAGAGCAGAAUAUCGUGGCAUCGCUCACAAACGCCCCAGAGAACAGGGUUUAUUUCAGGUUAGUCAAGGGCACCGCUUACCAUUGGGACCUGCUCCUCGUUGCGCUGAUCAACACGGGGCUGUCGGUGUUCGGGUUGCCCUGGAUCCAUGCCGCUUUCCCGCAUUCGCCGAUGCACGUCCGCGCCUUGGCCUACGUGGAGGAGCGGGUCGAGAACGGACACAUCUACGAGACAAUCGUGAGCGUGAAGGAGACCCGGCUGACGACGUUGGUGGCCAACUUCUUGGUGGGCCUUUCGCUGCUUCUCCUGCCUUUCCCGCUGCAGCUGAUUCCGAAGCCGGUCCUUUAUGGGCUCUUCUUGUACAUCGCCCUGACCUCCAUCGACGGGAACCAGCUCUUCGAAAGGGUGGCCCUUCUGCUGAAAGAGCAGACGGCCUACCCUCCGACCCACUACAUCCGCCGGGUGCCGCAGAGGAAGAUUCACUACUUCACCGGCUUGCAGGUGCUCCAACUCCUCAUCCUUUGCGGCUUUGGGAUGUCUCCUCUUCCCUACAUGAAGAUGAUCUUCCCCCUCAUCAUGAUCGGGAUGAUCCCCAUCAGGUAUAACUUGCUGCCCCGGAUCAUCGAAGCGAAAUACUUAGAUGCGAUGGACGCUGAGCACUAAGAGUCAAGGCAGCUCGGCUUCGGCCUCGGAGACAUCCCUCCGCUUUAAUGGACCAGGAAGGGAGCUGUCGCCCGUCGAUGAAGAAGUCGCUCCUUGGAAAUCGGUCUGUUUGGGGACUUCUCUGAAUUUCUCUUACCACUGCACUACUACUACUACUGCUACUCCUCUGAGGCAUUGUGCCAGAGACUAACCAAGUGCCCGAAUAUUUUGGGGUUGGGGAGGGAGGAACGAGGGUGGGCCAUGUGAGAAUGUUUGCUCCUCUAAGCGGAGAGGAGCAUGAAAUCCCAAAGACACAGGUUUGGAACUGCAACCUUCUUCAUCUCCUUUUUUUAUAUGCCUUUCGCCUCCCCAGAACUGGUCUGGUUCUGCCGCCGGUCCUUUUGUUUUUUACGAGCCAUGUUGAACUUUGUGGCACUUUCUCCAACUUUGCGUACCUUUAAGCGGACCUUCGACUGACCAUUUAGUGUCCCAGCAAUUUUGGAGCACAAUUAAGAACCAACCGUGGGUAAACAUUGCUCUCAAAGACCCUAAAUUCUGCAAUGUAUUCAUGUCCAUCAUCCUCACUAGACUUAAAUGGCGAUGGCAGAGAGAAAACCCCUUUUUCCCACCAGGACCGGAGGCAACCAGGACUGACCCACAGCGGCUUUUACGCGACUCUUUUUUGCUGACUCUCAUCCCGACUCGGAACGGUAGAUUUUGCACGGAACCAGGCACUGAAAUCGUGGACAGGAUUCUUCUUCCCUUCCUCAGUUUCUCUGUGUACAGGACGACUUAGGUGUACAUAUACAUAUAUAUAUAUAUACAGAGCCCAUCUAGAUUUGUGUAUAUAUUUUGCAUAGAAAUGUUCUGGGUAGGAAUGCCUGUCCUUUCCGGAGAUUGAAAGGGUAUUUUGUGCAAUCAGUGUUAACUUGUACUGUAUCUUACCCUCAACUUUGUCUCUCUUUAUUUUCCCCCUAUUUGGUUUCCUCCUGCUGUUUAUGUCACUCUUUCUCUCUCGUUUCUUCAUCAUUUUCUCUCUUUUUUUGCCAUACGACUGAUGUCACCUCUUUGUUUUCCUCGUCCUUCAUCUCCAACACUUUAAAUUCCUCAUUUUAAUGGACAGUACAUACAAAAAAUUGCGGGUUUGAGGUUGUAUUUUCCUCCUUCCUUUAUUUUGUUUCCUAGCCUAUGCUUCUGUUUCUUUUUUUAGUCUCUGUGCCAUUUCAAGGUCUUUUUUUGUAGCCAAUCUCCCUGUUUUCUCCCCACAAAACAUGACAUUAUAUUUCUGGAAGACUUCUAACGCUGCUGAUGUCUGUUUUAUAUAUCGUGUCUCCUAAUGAUCAUUUGCGUGUGAUUGUGUGUGUGUGUUGUAUGUGUCUUUGGCAUGUUUGGCCUACUUUUCUUUCCUUGUUUUUAUUCUCUUGAUGUUCCAUUUUGUGUCUCAGUUCAGUGACAUUUUGGUUCCUUCCUCCCUAGUAUUCCCUUUGCGGUAGAAUAUUUGAAAAAGUUUGGGACAUUCAGUAAGAAAGGUCAUAUCAAAAACCAGUCCAGUUUUAUUCAUAAAUAACUUGUCCACAGUGAAGAAGCUGUGAGUUUUCCGGGUUGUCUGGCCAUGUUCCAGAAGCAUUCUCUCCUGACGUUUCGCCCCAUCUAUGGCAGGCAUCCUUAGAGGUUGUGAGGUCUGUUGGAAACUAGACAAGUGGGGUUUAUAUAUCUGUGGAAUAAUGUCAAGGGUGGGAGAAAGAACUCUUGUCUGUUUGUGAAUGUUGCAAUUAAUCACCUUGAUUAGCCUUGAAAAGCCUUGGAGCUUCAAAGCCUGGCUGCUUCCUGCCUGGAGGAAUCCUUUGUUGGGAGGUGUUAGCUGGCCCUGAUUGUUUCUUGCCUGUAAUUCCCCUGUUUUCUGACUUUGUCCUUUACUGAAUGUCCUGUUUUUGUAAAUACUGGUAGCUGGAUUUUGUUCAUUUUCAUGGUUGCCUCCUUUCUGUUGGACCACUCUAACAACCACUAUGUCAGACUAUAUCAAAAAUGUUGGACCACGCUAACAACCACCAUGUCAGACUUCACAGAGAAGGCACUGAAAUCCACAAGAAUAUGGACAAUUUCAACAGAAAAGGGGAAAACCAUGAAAAUGAACAAAAUCUGGCUAUCGGUAUUAAAAAAAACUCUAGAAUCAGGACAGUAAACAAAAAACAACACUUAGCAAACAGGGGAAUUCCAGACAGGAAACAAUCAGGGCCAGCUAAAAGGAUUCCCCCAGUCAGGCUUCAUCAGAGAUUGUGAAAUCUGUUGGAAACUAGGUAAGUGGUGUUUAUAUACAGUAGAGUCUCGCUUAUCCAACAUAAACGUUGGAUAAGCGAAUAUGUUGGAUAAUAAGGAGGCAUUAAGGAAAAGCCUAUUAAACAUCAAAUUAGGUUAUGAUUUUACAAACUAAGCACCAAAACAUCAUGUUGCACAACAAAUUUAACAGAAAAAGUAGUUCAAUACGCAGUAAUGCUAUGUAGUAAUUACUGUAUUUAUGAAUUUGGCACCAAAUUAUCAUGAUGUAUUGAAAACAUUGACUACAAAAAUGUGUUGGAUAAUCCAGAAUGUUGGAUAAGCGAGUGUUGGAUAAGUGAGACUCUACUGUAUCUGGAAUAAUGUCCAGGGUGGAAAAAAGAAGUCUUGCAACAUUCGCUCUUCCUCUAACAGACAAAAGUUCUUUCUCCCACCCUGGACAUUAUUCCACAGAUAUAUAAACCCUACUUACCUAGUUUCCAACAGACCUCACAACCUCCGAGGAUGCCUGCCAUAGAUGUGGGCGAAACAUCAGGAGAGAAUGCUUCUGGAACAUGGCCAUAGAGCCCAGUGAUUCUGGCCAUGAAAGCCUUUGACAACACAAAGUGAAGAAAUUUUGGGACUUAAUCUCUGAAAGGAGUACAAAUAUACCACUCCAUGUGACAACGUUGUGUUUCCACAAUAUUCUGCAUGUACAGGGUUAAUUAACUCCUUUUGCCAGACUAAUUAGUUCUGGAUUUCACGGAGAGCAAAGCCAUCUCCAAACUGAAAUGAUAUCAACCAUUCUCGGCUCUUUAAGAGAAGGUUGUUCAAUUCAGAAUGUUCCUAAAAACAAUACGGUUUUUCCUAUGGAUUACUUUUUUUGCUUGAAUGCACAUUCUAGCAUAUUGUCUGGAAAGUAUUAGCCACACACUGGUUGGAUUCCAAUGUCCCAAAAUCCUGAAGUUUAAAAUCCUUAAUUUAAGCCAAACCUCUGGAAUGUAGUAGGUUUAGACCGGCCAUGGGCAAACUUGGGCCCUCCAGGUGUUUUGGACUUCAGCCGAUAGGCUGUUAGGAAUGGUGGGAGUUGGAGUCCAAAACACCUGGAGGGCCCAAGUUUGCCCAUGCCUGGUUUAGACACUAAGAAAAGCUUUGGAUGUAAUUUUUAAACUAGUAGAGUUUGUCAAGUAUAUGAAGCUCAAGAAGCUCAUAUAUUCACAGAUCAUAUAUUAUUUUCUUUUUAGCUGUGGACUCUCGUAUGAGUCCUUAAAUCCUUGUGCCAAGUGAUAUAUAUAUUUUUAGGUCUCCUGGCUCGUUUUUGAUAUGGUUUACUUGCCACGAAUCUAUUCCCAAUCUGAGAAAGUUCAGGGACAAAGUUUUGUAGAGAUAUUAGAAAAAUGUUUACGGAGCAGACAAUUAGUUGGGUUCCAAACAGACAAGUCAAAGUGUUUGCAAACUUGGAGUUGGUGACCAGAUGCCCGGACUUUCCACCCUAUAGCACAGGGGUCCUCAAACUUUUUAAGUGGAGGGCCGAUUCACAAUCCCUCAGACUGUUGUGGGGGGGGGGGGGGCGACUAUGAUGAAAUAGUCCAAUAUGAGGAUUGUUGUUGUUGUGUGCCUUCAAGUCAUUUCAGAUUUAGGUCAACCCUAAGUCUAAAGUUUAGGACAGAGGCCAGGUCAAUGACCUUGGAGGGCCUUAGUUUGGGGACCCCUGAUCUAGACGAUCUCAUAAGACCAUAGGUAAGUAAGGAGACCUCCAAAGACCAUCUAGGUGAUCUCAUAAGAUCAUCGGUAAGGAAAGGGACCCUCAAAGGCCAUCUAGAUGAUCUCAUCAGGCCAUCAGAAGACCAUAGGUAAGGAAAGGGGCCCCCAAAUGCCAUCUAGAUAAUCUCAUAAAACCAUAGGUAAGGAAAGGGACCCUCAAAAGCCAUCUAGAUAAUCUCAUAAAACCAUAGGUAAGGAAAAUGACCUCCAAAAGCCAUCUAGAUAGUCUCAUAAGACCAUAGGUAAGAAAAGAGACCUCCAAAGACCAUCUAGAUGGUCUCACAGGACCAUAGGUAAGGAAAAUGACCUCCAAAAGCCAUCUAGAUGGUCUCAUAAGACCAUAGGUAAGAAAAGAGACCUCCAAAGACCAUCUAGAUGGUCUCAUAAGACCAUAGGUAAGAAAAGAGACCUCCAAAGACCAUCUAGAUGGUUUCAUAAGACCAUAGAGAAGGAAAGGGCCCCCCAAAGGCUACCUAGACAAUCUCAUAAAACCAUAGGUAAGGAAAGUGACCUCCAAAAGCCAUCUAGAUGGUCUCUUAAGGCCGUAGCUAAGCAAAGAGACCUUCAAAGACCAUCUAGACGAUCUCGUAAGACCAUAGGUAAGCAAAAUGACCUCCAAAGACCAGGUAGACUUAGGUCAACCCUAAGUCUAAAGUUGAGGACAGGAGCCAGGUCAAUGACCUUGGAGGGCUGCAUCCGGCCCCUGGGCCUUAGUUUGGGGACCCCUGCUAUAGCAUGUCCUAAAGCCUGCCCCAUAUCUUGUCAUCAUUGCCUAUGGCAAGUAAACCAAACGUAAUGAAAUGUUUGCAAGAUAUUUUGGGGAGAAUGGGUCCAUUGGCCACAUUUUCAUUAGCAACCCAACUUCCUCAUACUACAUGAUUGCCCUUUCCCACACCAAACUUAUAAUUGAAUAUUAUAAUUAUGGUUUGCACUGUUAGUUAACUUUUGUGUUACUUAUGAAUGAAGGAAAACAUUCUCAGUGCAAGAAAAGCUUUACAACCUCCAGUUAAAAACCAAACAAGCAAUGCUUUAUAUAAUAUUAAUUAUCUGUGGUGAUUGUUUUUCCUACAGUUGCAACAUCCAUAAUCCCGGUGUGUUGCCACUGAUCAUAGAAGUUUCUACAAAUAAAACUUCACAUUUGUACAAUGUCACCUUCUGGGAAACCUAUGGGAUUGUUGGACUCCAUCUUCUAUCAGCCCAAUGAUGAUGGAUGAUAGGAAUUGGAGUCUUGCAACAUGUACAGAACUUCCCCACAUUUACUUAAUAGGGAUAUGUGCAAGGAUGAAUGUAAACCGAAAAGCAAGUAGUGUGCAUAGAUUCCAAAAAGCGAACAUCACGUGGUUGCUGUGAGUUUUCCAGGCUGUCUGGCCACGUUCCAGAAGCAUUCUCUCCUGACGUUUCGCCCACAUCUAUGGCAGGCAUCCUCAGAAGUUGUGAGAUCUGUUGGAAACUAGGCGGAGGUUUAUAUAUCUGUGGAAAGUUCAGGUUGGAACAAAGAAUUCUUGUCUGAUGCAGGCAAGUCUGAAUGUUGUAAUUAAUCACUGUGAUUAGCAUUGAAUAGCCUUGCAGCUUUAAAGGCUGACUGUUUCCUGCCUGGGGGAUCCUUUGUUGGGAGGUGUUAGCUGGACAUGAUUGUGUGGUAUUCCCCUUUUUUAAACAAGUCAAGAAACAAUCUGGGCCAGCUAACAUCUCCCAACAAAGGAUUCCCUCAGGCAAGAAACAGCCAGGCUUUGAAUCUGCAAGGCUAUUCAAUGCUAAUCAAGGUGAUCAGUUGCAACAUACACACUUGUCUCCAGCAGACAAGAGUUCUUUCUCCCACCCUGGACAUUCUACAUGUAUAUAAACUGAUUUGUUGGAUUUACUUAGUGGAUCUCCAGAUAGUUUGCAGGCUGUGCUUCUUCAUCAGCUUUGAAGCUGCAAGACUAUUCAAUGCUAAUCAAUUAAUUGCAACAUCCACACUUGCCUCAGACAACAGUUCUUUCUCCCAACCUAGACUUUCCAUAUAUAUAAACCCCACUUGCCUAGUUUCCGACAGACCUCACAACCCCUGAGGAUGCCUGCCAUAGAUGUGGGCGAAACGUCAGGAGAGAAUGCUUCUGGAAAAUGGGCAGUCAUCCCGGAAAACUCACAACAACCCAGUGAUUCCGGACAUGAAAGCCUUCGACAACACAGUCUAAAAUGUGCUGUUUAGCUUCAUAACCUGGAAGGUUCUGUACACAAGUGGAGCAUAGAAUAUAUGCACAAGGUGAAUGUUAAUGCAGCCAUAAGCUUGGCAAUCUCUAUUUUUUUUCUCAGGUUUAUUCAUACUUUUAAGCUUUGCUUGACCAGAACUUCCUUUUCCCAAUACUUCUAUUCAGGAAAGACUAUUGUGGCCCAUACCUUUCUGCCUAACACCCAGAAAUGCCCAUUCCUUUUAACGUGGUUUCUUAUCCAAAAUUGUAGCCUUAUGUGCCCCAUAUUCAUCCAUCUCCCAAACCAUCCAUUCAUGCAAUGCAAAUAUAUUUGAGAGACCAACAACCUUCCUUGUCCAAGUGUUGGAUGCUGGGUCUUAUGAUUGGAUGAAAAGGGAGGCUUUCUCAAAAUAGGCCUUUGGCCAUAUCCUGGACAUCCAAUUCUCGUCUGGACACUUUUGGGCACCGUUUUUGGCCAUAAUAAGCAUGAGAAAUAAUAUUUCUAUGUGUUGCAGAUGAUAUGUAUUCCACGGGUUUCAGGGAAGGGUUUGUUCCUUGACCAUUGUCCAUUUGUCUAUUUCUCUUUGAGAAUCAUAUACUUCUCUUUCGUGCCUCUUAUUCAUUCAUCUCCCAAAGCAUCAGUCUGCAAAGCACAUAAGAGACCAGUAACCUUGCAUUACCAAGUAUUGGAUGAUGGGUCAGAAAGAAAGCCUCGUCUUCCCUGUUUGAAAACAUUUUCUCCCUGCAUUUCUUGGUUUUGCUGGUCCGAAACAGCCGAAAGAAGCCUGUUUGACACCGAACGAGCAGACGACUCUUGCACUUUAAUACCACUGUGAAGGUUAAGACAGUGAGAAUGUAAAUACCCAAUGCUUUUAUUCCAAGCUCUGUAGGUGUCUUUGUUGUCAUUGCUGCUGCUGUUGUUGUCGUUGUACGCAUUUUGCCAAAGAACUGGAAAGAGGAGGAUAUCUCUGUUGUGUUUUCCUUGUCAGAAGAAGGCAUGGAACGCCUCUUUGUUUGCACCAUCCUUGAUAUGAGCAGAACUGGGCAAAACAAAUGCAUGGCGACGAGUUUGAAUUCCUUCUUUGUAUUUUUCAUGCAACCAGCCAACCUUCUCCAAGGGUGUGCAUCAAACUACAACACCAUCCAUCAUCCCCAUCCAGAAAGCAUGGUUCAUUUCUUCUGAACAGCAGUGGGAUCUCAAGUAUACAAUGGAUAAUAUUUUGGGGGGGUCUUUCCCAUCCCAUGUACGAGGGUUGAAUGAAAAGUAAUGCCUCCCCCUUCAUAACUCCUCAACAGAUGGCAGUCCUGGUCUGCAGCAGGUCCUGGCUUGUUCAGUAGACUCUCCUCUACAGUUCCAUUUAGCGGGAAGCCUUAGCAUUGAACAGUUGUGUUGUUAAAGGGCGAAGUAUGAAACCCUGCACAGACGAGGUAGCCUUAGCAUUGAACGGUUGUGUUGUUAAAGUGCGAAGUAUGGAACCCUGCGCAGACGGGGAAGCCUUAGCAUUGAACGGUUGUGUUGUUAAAGUGCGAAGUAAAGGAACUCUGCUCAGAUGGUCAGUCAGUGCGACAUAAGCAACGUGCAGUCAUUGAAUUCUUGACAGCAGAAGACAUCAUCACAAAUGAGAUUCAUUAGAGAAGCUGUUUAUGGUGAUUGUGUUGAUGUGAGUCCUGUGCACCGUUGGGCAAGUAAGUUUAAAGAUGUUGAGGUGGGAACAUCUGACUUGCAUGACAAACAAAGAGUUGGACGUCCUGUGACAGCAACCACCGAGUUUCACAAGCAAAAGGUUGACAGAUUGAUUCAGGACAAUCGUUGUAUCACUCAGAGAGAUUUCAAGCAUAAUCGUGUGGGUCACAUUAUUGCUUUGCUUGGCUAUCGGAAGAGCUGUGCAUGAUGGGUCCUGUGAGACGCUGGUUGCGGAAACAGAGUGUCGACUUCUUCCAUGAUGGCUUCAGAAAACUUGUUCAUCGUUGGCAGAAAUGUAUCCAGUUGUCUGGUAAUUAUAUGGAAAAGUGAAUAGUGGUAGUUGAAGAGCACAUUCUAAGGAUUAUUUCUGCGUUUGAUUUAUUAAAAUAUUCCCAUCCAAACCCAAGUAACGAAGGUGGAGGCAUUACUUUUCAUUCAACCCUCGUAAGAUGAAUAAGGAAUCACAGCUUCAGGAGUUUACUUAUACUUUAACUUUGGUAAAGUCUUUGUAAUUCUUGACUUCUUUCCCUAAACUUGCCUCAUUUCUUUGAUCUGAUGUGACAAUGGGGCACAUUAAUUUCGGUGUGCAUUUGCUCCUACCCAUUUUGAUAACUCAUUAGGCAUUACCAGGCUAAAUUCUGGUAUUGUCCAAAUAUAAUGAGUAUGAAUUAUCCUCAUGCAUUAUGCAACCAUAUUCUUCAACUGGAGGGCCAAUUGCAAGAAAGUUUGCCCCUUGUGCAUCAUUGUGAGACAUAUUCCAAAUUAGUGUUUACUGUCCAUCCAAACAGAACUGUGAAUUGUCCUUUUUCUCUAGGAACACAAAUUCUGUUCCGCUUCUUAAAGACAAGUUUCCAUCAUCUCCUGACAACUCUGUGGUGAUUUAAUAAUUCGACAAAUAUUCUGCUGUGGGUUGAUGGAAAUAUAUCCAGAUUCCUGACUAAGUAAGAUGCGUCUAUACUGUAGCAUUAAUGCGGUUUGACACCACUUUAACUGCUAUGUCUCACAGCUAUGGAAUCCUGAGAAUUGUAGUUUGGUGAGGAACGAUGCAUUUUGGCAAAGGAUUCUUUAAAGACCUUGCAAAAUUACAACUUCCAGGAUUCCAUAGCAUCAAGCCUGAAGUGGUGUCAAACUGCAUUAAUUCUGCAGUGUAGAUUCACCCCAAGAGAGCCAUUUCAGGCACCAAAAAGAUACAUAAAACUAAAAAGGGGAGCUUGCGUUACGGUAUAUCGAAUAUUUUUCGUCAUUUUGCACAAAAAUCAUUGUUUUCCAGUGUUUGCAGCAACAAUUGUUUGUGAAGCCAAAGUACGCAAUGUAUAUUGUUUCUUUCUAAUGUAGGAUUCUAAUGUGCAUUUGAAUCCUUAAAUCCUACCUCCAACCUUUCAGUCUGAAAGUGCUUUUAGGAUGUAUUAAUUGUUUGGAAGGGAUAUUUAGUACAUGCCCGGGCACACAAAAUAUGGAGAAGAAACCUAACUGUUUGGUACCCAAAUUAACCUUGUUAACAUCCCAUUGUGAAAAUCCAAUUUCAAACGUCUCAUGAAGGACUCUCCCUAGCAUUGACUUUAUCCGUGGUUUAAAAUAAUAAAAUUACAUCUGUGUCCAAAGGAACGUUGGGUUUAAACUGUAGAACUGAUAUUUGUAUUCGAGAACACAAUCUUGGUGUGGCAGAAGGAUGCACUUUAAACAUGCCUUUUGACCCUUCAAAGGAAGCAUCUGCACUGUAGAAUUAAAUGCACUUCGACACCACUUUAACUACUGUGACUCAAUGCUAUGAAAUCCUGGGAAUUGUAGUUUUACAGGACGCUCCCAAAGAGAAUUGGAGCCUCACCAAAGUACAUCUCUCAGUAUUCCAUAGCAUUGAACCAUGGCAGCUAAAGCGGUGUCAAAGUGUGCUAAUUCUCCAGUGUAGAUGCACUCUGAGUCUCCCUCACUGGUAACUUUAGCCCAUGCCAAUACAGUCGUUUUUAAACAAAAAAUUGAUUAUAUUUGGUAUGUAAAAGUAUGAUUUCAUAAUAUAAAAGUUUAAAAGGUCAGUUUUCGAACUACAGUUCCUAGCAUCCUGGCUGAGAGAUCCUGGGAGAUGUUGACCCAAAAAGGUAAAUUUCACAAGUUCUGGCUAGUUCUGGCUAUAUAUAUAUAGCCAGAGCUUGUGAAAAUUACCUUUUUGGGUCAACAUCUCCCAGGAUUUCACAAGUUCUGGAUAUCUAUCAUAUAUAUAUAUAUAUAUAUAUAUAUAUAUAUAUACACACACACACACACACACACACACACACACACACACACACAGAGUAGAGUCUCACUUAUCCAACAUAAAUGGGCCAGCAGAAUGUUGGAUAAGCGAAUAUGUUGGAUAAUAAGGAGGCAUUAAGGAAAAGCCUAUUAAACAUCAAAUUCGGUUAUGAUUUUACAAAUGAAGCACCAAAACGUCAUGUUAGACAACAAAUUUGGCAGAAAAAGUAGUUCAAUCACAGUAAUGCUAUGUAGUAUUUACUGUAUUUAUGACUUUAGCACCAAAAUAUCACGAUAUAUUGAAAACAUUGACUACAAAAAUGCGUUGGAUAAUUCAGAACGUUGGAUAAGCGAGUGUUGUAUAAGUGAGACUCUACUGUAUAUAUAGCCAGUGCUUGUGAAAUUUGCCUUUUCGUGUCAAUGUCUCCCAGGAGAUAGAUAGAUAGAUAGAUAGAUAGAUAGAUAGAUAGAUAGAUAGAUAGAUAGAUAGAUACGCACCAUAUGAUCCCACCAGAAAUACCAUAUUUCUUCAAUUAUAAGACGCCAUUGAUUGCAAGCCACACCCUACUUUAAUACAGUAGAGUCUCACUUAUCCAAUCUCCACUUAUCCAACAUUCUGUAUUAUCCAAUGCAAUCGGCCUUUUAGUAGUCAAUGUUUUUGUAGUCCAUGUUUUCAAUACAUUGCGCUGUUUUGGUGCUAAAUUCAUAAAUACAGUAAUUAUUACAUAACGUUACCAUGUAUUGAACUGCUUUUUUUGUUGUAAAACAUGUUUUGGUGCUUAAUUUGUAAAAAUCAUAAUGUAAUUUGAUGUUUAAUAGGCUUUUCUUUCAUCCCGCCUUAUUAUUCAACAUUUUCACUUAUCCAACGUUCUACUGGCCCAUUUAUGUUGGAUAAGUGAGACUCUACUGUACUACUAUCACUUACAAAAAUGCAUAAGAUACACCUGCGGGUUCUAAGAUGCACCUUGUUUUCAGAUAUGUUUAUAUAGGGGAAAGGUGUGUCAAAAUGUAGUACAAUAAGAGCUUGGAACUGUUGAACCCAUCGAUUUGAUUUCAGAUUAUCUCUGUAGGAAUUUAGCCCAAUUCUAUGGUAUGCUGGAAGCAGACAUUCGGAAAUGUAAUAGUAUUAAGUUGCAUCCUUGGCUUUUGGUAAUCAAGGAACAUAUCCCUUCGUGGGUAAUGGGUUGGUCUUUGUUUUUCUUAUUUUCUAUACAGAGAGAAAAUCUUGAUAACGUUAAGUGUUAUGCAGACACUUGUGUGCAUUUUGGGGCACGAUUUCCUAUCCGAAUAUAACCAAAAUCCAAGGAAUUGACUCUCCGUCAUUCACUUGUUACCUGGGACAAAUGAUGCCUUAUUGGUUGUUAGUAGCCUUGGGAGAAAGCUUGGAGUAAAAAAUAAGAUACAGUAGAGUCUCACUUAUCCAACGUAAACGGGCCGGCAGAACGUUGGAUAAGCAAAUAUGUUGGAUAAUAAGGAGAGAUUAAGGAAAAGCCUAUUAAACAUCAAAUUAGGUUAUGAUUUUACAAAUUAAGCACCAAAACAUCAUGUUAUACAACAAAUUUGUCAGAAAACGUAGUUCAAUAUGCAGUAAUGCUAUGUCGUAAUUACUGUAUUUACGAAUUUAGCACCAAAAUAUCAUGAUGUAUUGAAAACAUUGACUACAAAAAUGCGUUGGAUAAUCCAGAACGUUGGAUAAGCGAGUGUUGGAUAAGUGAGACUCUACUGUAAUAAUAAUAAUAAUAAUAAUAAUAAUAAUAAUAAUAAUAAUAAUAAUCGAACCCUCGUGGGACAGGAGACGGGUGUGUAGACCAAGUGGUUGUGGUUUUGGAGACUCCGAAUUGUGUCUCUCGGAGUCUUUUAAAGCAUCUAUAGAUAACCUUCCAUGUAAAAUUUGGAGAGAUUAUUUGCUCUGAAACAAUCAACAGAAACUCAAAAAAUGGCUGUUCACUUCCACGAUCUUUGAAAACAAUCGGACAAAAUAUUGACCAGAAAUGGAGACAGAUUUCCAAAAUGUUUCCCAAUAUUGCUUAUAGGGCAUUCAGAGGUGGAUUCCUUCCCUUUGCUUUGCUUGUAAUUUCUUGGCACUUUCUUGUCGAUUUUAUUUCUGACUCUGAAUGUAUUUGGUCCUCCGUACCGCAAUCCAUUGGGAAUUGGAAGAAUGGCUCCAUGAGUAGGCUACAAACACUUAUUUUUCAAGCAAAGUUUAUGAAUAUCUGUGUCGGCUCCACUCGUAUCGGCUCUCUUGGGAUUUGGACGUGCAUGCCUUUUCGUUAGCGUUGACGACUUUUUCUCCCGUCUCCUUUUCAGUGCAUAUUUUUUUUCUUUUGAUAAAAGAAUUGCUUCUUGGGGGGAGAGAAAAAACAACAACAGAAAUUCCUUUAUUUGUAUAAGGAACCUGGUUGUAUUUUAAUAAAGAAAGUUAAACCUCUUGA